AGACCAGAGUACCUGGACCAGCUACACUGUCACCAGGAAGUUUCUUUGAGUAGCAAUCUCUGGCCCAGACCCUGUAAGAAUCUUCUGACAAACUCUGGCAAAGGUUCCGUUCUCUAGUCUUCUGCCAUACUGCCUUUGGUAGGGACGGCCGCUCACCAGCAGAGGGCACUGUGACAAGAGGGUUUCUAGAUGCAAGACCUGCACCAAAGCUGCCUUUCUUCCUACCCCCUCCCAGACCUGCCCUGGAAGUGUACUGACUUCUGGCAUCCUCUGCUACUUCCGAUCUUUACCUGGACUUGGCCGAUGGACAAAGACACUCUCCGCCUGCCCCCAUCCCCCACCAGCAGGACCAGGAGGCAGGACUGUGCCGGGAAAUGGUAGACCACACCUACCUGGAUUCCCCGCCCAAACCUACUUGUCUGCUGGCCUGAAGACUGGUCUGGCAGACCUCUCUGUUUCUUACAGAGGGAGCUAUUGCUUCUGGACGGCCCCGUGGGUAGCCAGUCGACAUUAAGGCCCUCGGCCUUGACUGAUGCAGGGGUGUGGAAAAGCCAGCAGCACUGAUUGAGUGACCAGGCGGAUGAUCCCCCAGGAGAGUUCUGUGCAACCUUUCCAGUUCCUCCUGCUGGUGGGGAUCCCUGUGGCCAGUGUUCUUCUUCUGGUUCAGUGUCUUCGAUGGCACCGUUGUCGGUGGCCGCCAGGGUCCUGCCAGAAGCCGGAUGACCCAGAAGAGCCAGUGUCCCCAUCCACUCCAUUACCAGAAUAUGAGCUCCCAAAGCAGUGCCAAGCCCCCACGCUACCGGAGGUAGCUGCGUUCUAUCAGGAACUCCACAUGCCUACCCGGGGCCAGACCAUCACCCGACAGCUGAUGAACAAGCUGCUGGUGUUUUCUGCUCGAGAGGUAGAUCACCGAGGCGGAUGCCUGAUGCUGCAAGACACGGGCAUCUCCCUGCUCAUUCCUCCAGGUGCCGUGACCGUGGGUCGCCAGGAAAGGGUGUCCUUGGUUCUGGUGUGGGACCUGACAGAUGCCCCGUCGUUGUCUCACAGACAGGGACUAGUGAGUCCUGUGGUGGCCUGCGGCCCUCACGGGGCCUCUUUCCUGAAGCCCUGCACACUCACAUUCAAGCACUGCGCCCAGCAGCCGAGUCAAGUCUGUGCCUAUAGCAGCAAUACCUCCUUGCUGGAUGCCAAGGACUGGAGGCCCCUGGGCCAGCCGGGGACUCAUACCUCCAGGGAUGAGUGCCGUAUCCUGCUCUCUCACUUCAGUCUCUACACCUGUGUUCUGGAGCCACCCCUGGGCCAGACAGCCCGCAAGUGGCUCCAGCUGGCAAUGUUCUGCUCCCCACUGGCACCAGGGCAGACACACCUUCAGCUGCGCGUCUACUUCCUAAACAAUACUCCCUGCGCCCUGCAGUGGGCUAUCACCAACGAACAGCCGCACGGAGGACGCAUGCGCGGGCCCUGCCAGCUCUUCGACUUCACUGGGGCCCGAGCCGACCAAUGCCUGAAGCUCAAGUACAUCUCUGAGGGUUGGGAGAACGUGGAUGACAGCAGUAGCCAACUGGUUCCCCAUCUCCACAUCUGGCAUGGAAAGUGCCCCUUCCGUUCCUUCUGCUUCCGGAGAAAGUCAGCCAAUGGGAAUGAAGAGUGCUCGGCUUUAACCAAUGAGAUCAUUGUCACCAUGCACACCUUCCAGGAUGGCUUGGAAACCAAAUACAUGGAAAUCCUCAGAUUCCAGGCCUCAGAGGAGGAGACCUGGGCGGUUCCCCCUCCUGUCUCCCAGCCGCCCCUGUGCAACAGGCUGCCCCCAGAGCUCUUUGAGCAGCUGCAGAUGUUGUUGGAGCCCAGCAGUGUCACUGGGAAUGACUGGCGCAAACUGGCCUCCCACCUGGGGCUCUGUGGCAUGAAAAUCCGGUUCUUGUCCUGCCAGCGUAGCCCUGCCGCGGCCAUUCUGGAAUUGUUUGAGGAACAGAAUGGCAGUCUGCAAGAGCUGCACUACCUCAUGACCUCCAUGGAGCGGCUGGACUGCGCUUCUGCCAUCCAGAACUACCUUAACCGGACUCCCGGGGGCAGCCCUGCCAGGUUGCGCGGAGGUACCUGGGAGAACUGUGGCCUAGAGCUGGAUGAGAAAUUCUAAGCAGGCUCCGCGGCCGUGCAGGGUGCUUCAAGAGGCCAUGUCAUGCCAUGCCUUUGAGCUGGGGACCAAUGCUGCAGUUCCAGGUGGAUCGAGCUGGAACCCCCAGUGAGGCCAGACAGCCUUAUCAUCUGCCCUGCAUCAGGAUAGCUCUGUAUCCUACCGGCCAACUUUGCCCUGCGUGCAGGUUCCCUCUUGGUCAGUAGGGGGCGCGGGAGUCUGGGAGAUGGCCACAGCCAAGCCAGCUUCCAAGAUGCUGUUUAAUUUUCUCGCGGACGGCCAGGUGGCCCUGCAGGCAUACCUCAGAGACUACUCAGUCCACAAAUAUUCAUGGAGCACUGAGUUUCAGCACCAAGCUGGGAUUGUGAGGAACGUCGGCUUCUUUGAACUUGCCUUGGAGUCUGUUCUUCGAAAUGGAGAUGUUCUACCAGCUAGCUGAGAGCAACAUUCUUGACAGUAUCUCCCUGUGGUUAGGGAAUGUCACGGGUGUGUAACUUUGUUGAGAAGGGAGGGCGCUGAGGUGGGCUGGAACAAAGAGAAGUCUCUAGAGACGAUAUUGGGGAAGAUCUUUGGGGGGCUCGGGGAAUAGGUGGGUGCACAGGGUGGGUGCACAGGGAUGCAGUAACGAGCUCGCUUCAUUGAUGUGAGGGAUGGGUAACAGAGGGUUCAAGGCCCCCGCUCCUCUCCCUUCAUCUCUUCACGGGCAGCUCCCACCUUGUCUUCCUUCCCAGCCAUUGUUUCUCUCAUCACGGAGCUGAGAAGCCUCAGGACGCACACCCCCUGCCUCUCCGCCUCCAGCUGAGAGUGUUAAGUCUCCCGCUUCCUUUUCCUGCCCUUGCCCUGUGUCAGAGUCAGCCUCCUCCGUUACUUGUGUCUUCAUGUUGCUCUGUCUCCAUCUAGUUAUGGAAUCCCAUCUUUGUGUUUCUUUCUCUAUUAGGAAGAGAAAUCCAGUCACUCCCUCAGGCAAGUGUCUGAGCUAAUGCUAUGUAUGAAGGCUACUGAGAGAACCUCGGCUAUUCCAGGAGUGAACGAGUAGAGCUAUUUCCCUCACAGAUCAAGAUCCCCCUUAGGGUCAGGAUUAAAGACUAGGGGUUAAAGGACCCCCAUCCCCGACCCGAUCCAGUCAGCAGUGCUGGCUACUAAUACUCCUGCUUACGGAUAGUUUUUUCAUUUGUCCAAAGAUAGACAAUCUCUUUGGAGGUAAUAACAAUCCGUUUCGAUAUUUAAUUAAAAUAUUGGUACUUUUGAUUGGUGAGCAAUAUUAAUUUUUAGAUGUGAAAAUGCUUUUCUUCAUAAUUCUGUUUUGCCAAGAUUGAUACGAAGGUCUGAAUUUUUAAUUUUCGAUUAUA